CAAAGUUAACUGCUUGAGCUGGGGUAGGACUAGCAGUCCCGCCCUGAGCAGGGCUGAGGAUGGCUGCGCCUGGCUACUUCCCGCUACUGGUUGAGGGGUCCUGGGGUCCCGAUCCCCCGAAGAGCUUGAUCACCAAGUUGCAGUUGUACUUCCAGAGCCAGAAGAGAUCGGGAGGCGGGGAGUGUGAGGUCCGACAGGAACCAGGCAGCCCGGCCCGCUUCCUAGUGCUCUUCCACCCGCUUGACGUUCGGCAGAACGUUCUGGAGAGAGGGAACCAUGAGUUAGCAUUGCCAGGAAAAGGAACAUUUAAGUUAAUAGUCAAGUUGCCUCCAGACCCGAAUGAAGUCCAUGAUGCCUCUAAAGAGAAAAUUUCAGCAAAGGUAAGUAAAGGAGCGAGUAGCCAGGAAGUAGGGUGUUCUUCCAAGGUGUGUGGGAUGGGAAGCACAAUGAGGAACACCUAGUGGAACAAAAAAUAU